CCUGUUUAUUCACUCAAAAUCAUGUCUUAAAUAAUAUCUCUUUGCUGCUAUACAAUGUUGAAUUCUGUUUUUUCCCCAGGUGAUUAUAUGCAGUCGGUAGGCUAAAUAGACACACACACAAGUGUUGUUUUUUUCCUUCAGAAAAUAUUAUUCAUCGAAUCCGAUUCUCUGUAACCCACCAAUAUUUCAAAAACCUUUGGCAUGAACUACAGCUCAUCUGAUCAGAAGAUGCACACUUCGAGUAAUGUUUACCCUGAAUGUGGCGAACUGAGUGACCCACAGAACAGGUACGCCCACUCUCUGACCACAGAGUCCAUCAUCUCUCUCCUCUUGAGGAAAAAUGCAGAGAGGAAGAGGUCACACCACCCGAACGACUUUCCUCAACACUUUGACCCCACGACCUCUUUAAACAAUUCUUACUAUGUUGAGUGCAGGGCCAGCCCUUUAAGUGAGGACGGCGAAACAACUCAGGUCCCAACCAGCCUGUCCAGUCCUAAUUGGGAUGACCAUUCCUGCCUGGAGAAUCAUCGAGUUAAACGGGCCCGGGUCGAGAACAUUCUCCAGCGGAUGGUUGGAUCUCCUCUGAAACAGUUCAGAGACGAAAUAGCAGCCGGUCACCCUGCGCCCACUAAUGCAUGGCACAGCAGCAGAGGCUCUCUGCCACCACUGGAUUACAGCCAGAGCAGAGGCGAAACCUCCUGUGGUGAGGAUUACAAGACCAGGGAGAACCCUGAGCAUCUCAGUGUGCAUACCAGGCAUCAGAAAGACCAGACGACCAAGGUCCAACACAAAAACUCCGAAGAGGAGUUUCCAAGAAGAGAGACUGCACCGGGGAGGAAAGUUGCAAAAAAUGAGAACGUCUCGUACAUUACAAAUACAUCCUCUACUCUGCGAAUACCAGAUAUUCCUGUCCUGCAUAAUUCCAGAGGUGACAUUCAACAUUGUUUGAGUGGAGAGUGGGAAAGAAACAGGAUCAAAAUACAGAAUAGUCACACAGGUCUGGACACAGAUGAACUGAUUGGACUGAAGUCAGAGCUGUCUAGGGCUGUAAACUUGAGCGUCGACUUGGUUUUCAAGAAAAUGUUUCACUCGUUAUUCAAAACAUCUGUACAGGAUCCUGAAGUGGGGACUGAGCAUCCUUUGUUAGAGGGAAGUAUGAAAUAUGAAGAGGCAACCACACCAAACUACAACUUGUGUUCACAGAUAACAGAGCCUUCACUGCCAAAUGUUCAGACAGAAGCUUUGUCACUGGUCAUUCAAAAGCCAUCCAGUCAGGAGAAUCCCAAUACAUUCACCCAAGUGAAUACAAGUUUUUCUGAGCUCAACAAUCCACCCUCUCAAUCGAAACAAAAUCAUCUUCACAUAGAUGCAGAAGUGCUACAGCGAUUUCAAGACAGCCCCUCGAAUGUGCUGGACAGCCUUCCAUGUCAAUACAACACGAGUCAGUCUUCUGUGGAUAUAAUGUCACAUUCCUGGGAGCCAAUCAAGGUAACUUCAAAGGGAAUGUCCAACUGUAUGAGCCAACAAGCACAACUGGUAGCUCUGAGUCAGCUGGCUUUUGACAACCUCUGCCUUCCUCACAUCAAGAGGGAAAACCAAGGCCUGGUGGAAGGCAACUCAUUCUUGCCUUUUAAUAUAUCCUUUGAAAAUGCAGUAGCAAGACAUAAUGUUACCAUGACCAGUCAAAAAACUCCUCCCGUUGAUGAAUUUUUAUUUUAGGAGUCAUCAGUGAACCCGAAAAAGAAUCGUUAUUUGGUCUUGUCUAUGUAGAACCUGCAUCUACUAGAAUGGCUUGGAUGUUCUGGGUUCAGGUGGACAGAAAGGUUAUUCCUGGCAAUUUUAAAAACCUCAGCUACAGAUGAACUCUAAGCCAAUUCAAAAUGUAUGUACUCUUUAUUUUUUCACAUUAGAGUAGAAACAUUGGAUAGCUCUCUUGGUAUGGGUGGGUAAGAUUC